UGAGUUCCCGCCGAUUUUUGCAUCUUAAACUACACAGAAUCGCACGUUGGAGGUUCGAAAGUCACUGAUUUUGAAACUGUUUUGCGGCAUUAAACACCCGGAGUAGACGGUUUUCUGGAAUUACCACUGACAGAAGAUAUCAUCAUUUUCCAUCUAGUCGUUUCGAAACGUUGGUAAUGUAACCCUAUGUGGUCUCCAUGGAUUAAUGUUGUCACGCAAUUGAAUUGAUGAAAGACUAUUGUAAGCAGAUGAGAGUUUAUGAAUAAGGUUGCAAGCCGGAAUUGUUAUAAAAGUUUACAAACAUCGCAAAGGACUUCGUUGAAAGCAGUACUUUCUUGAGCAAACUACCAGCAUUUCCAUGAAUGUACUUUUUGUAGAUUCGUGAUUACGUCUGGAGACAGCGAAUUCCAUGGCGGCAAACGGAUGAUUUUUUUCUAACUUUAUAGAAAAUUGAUAACUAUAUUUGCGUUUGUCAUAUUUCAAUAAAUGUUGACCUUUUAGGAAGUCACUUUCACAAUCGUCUUCCAGUUUCAACACUACUCUGCAGGACUUCAAACCACUCGACAUCACCGGGUUAACAUUGUCGUGUUCGUGAUCGUCUUUCUUCUUUGACCGACAUCAUGAGCUGUUUGGACGUCAUGUACCAGGGCACGUAUCAGCCCUACCAGUAUCCGUUCUACCAACGACCAUUUGGACAGAAGUUCGGACACUACAAGAUGCAGGAGGCGAUGGGACUUGAUUCGGCAGUGGACUACAGCUCGACGUCGAGCCACCAUCAUGCGACAUCGCACACGCCGAGCCUCUCGGCCUUCUCGACCACCACCAACCCGCACCAUCAUCAUUUCCACCACCACCCGGCGGCGGCGACGGCGACACACUACACGGGGCACGGCAGCGUGGGGAGCCACAGCAGCGGGGCAAGCGCAGGUAGCAUUCAAGGCCACUCGGGGCAUUCGUCGUUGCAUUCCACGCCGUCAUCUCUCGCGACGACAUCCUCUGCACUCGGUGUAAAGGAGGAGGAGGAAUCGGGUAAUGGCAGCGACAAGGACCCCGCACCUGAAGCAGAUUAUGUCAAUUCACAUUGUGUUAUCUUUACUUUCUACUCCGGUGAUUUGGACAAGAUAGUGGAUGAACAUUUUAGCCGCUCACUGAGCCAUCAAAGUACCUUUGCGGAGGAAAGUGUUGAAAAAGAAAGAACAAUGAAUAGUAGUGACUUGAGCAACCAAAAUGGAAGUAGUGAAAGCGGACGAGAAAACACAAACUGGCCAAGUAAAAGCACUGGGUGUCCACCGACGCCGAUGUGUAAGCGUAGCUUUCCACCGUCCUUCUGGAACUCCAAUUUCUACAGCAACGUGACAAACUGCAACACCAACAACAGCAACAGUAACAACAUGCACCUCAACCCUAUGUACCAGACGAGCACCUCAACGCACCACGAAACGUCGUCUCUCCUCACCGCCGCUCAGGCCGCCGCCGAUUCGUACACCAUGCACCACCACGCGCACCACAGAGCCGCCUCCAUGCACCACCAGCAGGCAGAGGCGUGGCACUACGGGUUCCCCGCGCACCACCAAUCGUCCUACGCGCAUCACCAUCACGCGGGGUUGCACGAGCUGGGUUACGGCGUGUCGCCGGGAAGCGCGUUCAGCCCGCGGUACAGCUCCUUACUCAUCCAGCCCUCGGUAAGACCGGGGCGGCUGCCGACGAUACCGGGUCAGUGUGACUUUACGAAAACGACGACGGGCGAAUGGCCGGCGACGUACACGCCUCAUAGUCACCAAUCAACGACAGAGGCACCGUCAUAUACAGUUGAGUCAGGUAGCACGAUAGACGCGCAUGAAACCAACAAGGAUGUUUACUGGUUUUAGAUGACCUUCCUAGACAUUAUAACUCUACGUCAUCAGCUGGAAAGCGUGGCCACGUCUGCCAGUCAACAUCGAGCUACCGAAUACAGACAGAUAAAAACUGAAAAGAAAUCUUUUUGCAUGCUGCUUAUACAAAUUAUGUUAAUUUUCUGUAAAAUGCCGCUCAUCAUCUUGCAACAACUCUUUCGAUUAUUUCAUCCAGAGAGACGGAUCAGGAAUUUAAAAAGUGAAGGAAGACUGUUUCAUUUUUAUGCACGAAAGUCUGGCUGAAAGUUAUCCUUUGUGUGUGGUCAUCAGAGUAAUUCUACUCUUUGCCGGAAUUUGCCGAAGUGGUCCGAUAAUAUUCCUUGAUCUUCCGAGCGCGUAAGUUGCCUAAGUUGUUACGUCAGACGAGACGUCGCUUUCGACGACUGACGGAAGCAAGGUUACAUAAAUUUAGAAGGAGUUUGUGGAAAUGUUUUUCCAUUUCAAGUUGAUACUGAUGAUCUUCGAUCACUCUCGAAAGUAUAUUUGAGGAAAUGAAUUUCUGAUGUUUUCCAUCACUCAGCCGAGGUCUUGGAGACUCCUGCGUCAUCAAGACGUGCACACCCAUCAUGGAACAAUAUUUAUGUCCACUUGAUUUGAAGGAAAACAACGUCGUCUCUUUAAUAAUUGAAGAUCAACAAGCCUCUGGAAACCAUCUCAUAAAUGAAAUUAUUUCUUAUAUUACAUUUACAAUGAUUGUAAUGUCGUACCUGAAAGUCCUCUUGAAACGAAGAGAUAUUGUUUAUUUGUCAUUUAAAGACAAUCAU